CACCAACAACAGCUCUAUCCGUCUCAUUCACAUCAAUGGCAUCUGCAUUGAUCCGAGCCUUCAAGCUCCGGAAGCAGCAACAUCAACACCCUCACUGUGCGGAUCUCCCUCGCUCCCUUGAAUAAAGAAAUCUCAUGUCAAUAGAUCCUUGUGCCGAACCGAAUCCGCAAAGCCGAAACCGACCUCACCAGCGGCAUCACCGCCAAAGAACAGACGGUGUUCGGCUUCGUCCUCGAGUCCGACCUCCCAGCCCCCGAGAAGACAAUGGAACGACUAACCGACGAAGCAACGGGACUGCUCGGCGCCGGCACUGAAACCGCCAGCUGGGCCCUGAGCGUGAUGACCUUCCACCUGCUAACCAAGCCUGACCACCUGACCCAUCUGCGCGAUGAGCUAAACACAAUCCUCCCAUCCGACGGCACUCUUCCAGCCUGGACGAAUCUCGAAAGGCUGCCCUACCUGUGGGCCGUCGUCCACGAGGGCCUCCGCCUAUCCUACGGGGUAUCUAUCCGCAUGGCCCGAAUCGUCCCAGACGAAGACCUCGUAUACCGGGGCGAGAACGGCGAAUACGCGAUCCCGCGCGGCUUCGCAGUGGGCAUGUCGCCGGUGAUUACGCACCACAACGAGGACAUAUUCCCAGACUCGCACGAAUUCCGUCCUGAGCGGUGGCUCGAUGACCAGAUGGAGCGGAAUCUGGAGCUCGAGCGGUGCUUGCUCUCGUUUUCGAAAGAUUCGAGGGCUUGUAUUGGUGUGAAUUUGGCGCUUUGCGAAAUCUAUCUGGUGUUAACAACGCUCGUUAUCCGGGUGUUUCCGCAUAUGCGGCUGUAUGAGACCACCGAGAGAGAUGCCAAAUAUGACCAUGAUCUGUUUAGUCCGGUCCCUUGGUCGGGGAGUCUGGGGGUGCGGGCUGUUAUUGUCUGA